AUGCAAAUUAGAGUAUUAUUAUUAAUAGGAUUAUUAUUAUUUUUGAUAUUUUGCACAAAUAUAUCGAUUGCCAAUGAAAAUGGAAAUGGAUGUGGUCAUGGCAGUAGUCAUGAGAUCAACUGUGAUUUAGUAGAUUGUGUUCCGUUUGAUCAAGAGGAGUGUCUUAAUCAAGGUUUGACUGUGCAAUUGAGGAAUGUAUCAAAAGGUAUUUGUUGUGAUCGCUGCAUCGAUAUUUGUACAACAAUAAGAUGUCCUCUGGCGAUACCACAAUCAGUUUGUGAAAGUAAAGGUCAUAUUUAUAUUCCUGCUCAAAAAAAAGGACAAUGUUGCAGUGAAUGUAGACCUAAUUGUAAUGGUGUAACAUGUUUGCCUAUAAGUUGUGAUAUUCAAACUAUUCCACCCGAUAGAGAGCAUGGCAUUUGUUGUGCGACCUGUGCCACUUAUGAAGACUAA